AUGGGCUGAAGGAACCAUUAUUCAAAUCGGAAGUGGCCAAGAAUCGUCACAUCGGCUCAGCUCUUUAGGUAGUUCGCUUCAGCUAUCGUUGCCAGGACAGCGAGGGUGUUUGAAGUCCGAAUUCUUGGUAUCUUGGGUGGCUGCGGGCGGAAGUCGCGGCCCGGCGGGCCGUGCGCACAGCUCGCUCUGCGGUGCAGUGAGGACGUUCGUGGCAGGACUCAGUGAGUGUGCGCUGCAGGAGCCGAUUCUGGGUGGGAGCCGGGAGCUUCAGGACGAGGAUCUUGAUGCCGUGAUUGCCUUAGGAGCCAGGCGAGAGGGCUGCUCAGGCAGCGAUGGAGCCCUGGGGCCCGUGUGCCCUGCUUUGAUGCAACCGCGCUGCCUUCUGGUCUGCUAGUGUUUGAGUAGCUGGUAACUGGAGCCCUAGCUCCUCGUCAAACACUGGCCUGCAAGAGGAGAAAAACUCCAAAGAGUAGGUGAAAACGGGAAAAUGAAUUUUUUUACGUUUUGGUCCAAAGUGGGAAAACAGUUUCCUCCAUCUGUGUUUGAUAAGCAGUGUUUACAAUAGAGGGAGCUGCAUGGGAGCGGGAGAUCCCCGUAGGUACGUCUGAUGUCACCUGAGCUGGGACAGAAGCCUUGGUGCUGGCCCUGCUGGCCCCAGAGACAGGUGUUCGGGGCAUUUCCUUUCCCGUAUUGUAUUUCCUGUAUAGAGGUGGAGUUGAAAACAAAAAAAGGGGGGGGGGAUUAAAAAAAAAAACUAAUCCUAAUUCAGUUCCUAUUGCCCAUUUACAUAACUAUUGGGAUCCUUUGCAGAUGUGAGGCCUGAUCGGAGGUUUGGCCUGUGCUUGGGACUGUGGAUAUGGUGAGGCUGAUGCUGCGCCGCAACUCUACGUGGGUCCCCCGCGUGCCGAAGUAUCUUCAGAAUCCCGAGAAAAUCAGAGGCAGACCGAGAGUAGAAGCCACAAAGAACAUGCCUACUGACAUGAAUUUCUGCCAGAUGCCCCAGAGGUUAGGAGCAGACAAGCAGAGUGGAUUGUGUGAGAGAUUGGUGUCCUUUGAGGAUGUGACUGUGGACUUCAGCCAGGAGGAGUGGCAGCACCUGGACUCUGCCCAGAGAUGCCUGUACCAGGAUGUGAUGCUGGAGAUCUACAGCCACCUCUUGGCAGUGGGUGAGCACAGCCACCUGGGGAUCCAGGGUGAAUUGCAACUUGACACACCACAUCAACCAGUUUUUGUGAAAGCUUCAUUUCUAAAUGAUGCAUCCAGUGAAGUCACAGGACAUGGUUCAUAUUGUACCUUUUUGGAGAGACUGUGGCAGGAUGGCAGCAGUGCUACAAAGACACAUCAGCAAAGCCAGGUCCCACCCGUCAGCCCUAGUGCUUGCCGAAACCAGAAGCCACUGAACACAGACAGUGGUGGUGACUCUGGAGGAACUGGAGAAUCUCUUCUCCUGGGACGCCACCUCGUCUCUACAAAAUGUGUACCUCCAAGAUGGUUCUCAUUUGCAAAAAGGUUGAAACCUAACCUUGAAGCAUGUAAUGACGAUCAAAGCAACGCCACAAAGCAGGUUAGUGAGAUUAUUGGAUCUCAUGAGUUUUUAACACAAGGCUCUUCUAACGGUGUGUGUACAAUACCUCUUCAGAGAGAAAAAUCAUACAAUGACAGUCAGCUUGGAAACAUUCUUUCUCCCAAUCCACCACUUACAGAGCAUGGAAUUCCUUUUCAAGACAAAGCAGUUGAAUAUACUGGAUGCGGGAAAGUCCUCACUGAUGAGUCAGCUUUCUGUCAACAACAAACAACUGACAAUAUGGAGACAUCUUUUAUCUGUCACACAUGUGGGAAAACCUUUCUCCUCAAGUCUCAAUUGGUCUCCCAUCCAGAAACUCAUGGAGAAGAGACACCUUAUGAAUGUCCCAACUGUGCAAAAUCCCUAAGGGGUAUGUCCAGCCUACACGUGCACCGUGAAAUCCACACAAAGGAGAAACGGUAUGAAUGCCAUGUGUGUGGGAAAUCAUUCAGUUAUACAUCCCACCUAAAGGUGCACCUUCGAACACACACUGGUGAGAAACCUUAUGCAUGUUCUGACUGUGGGAAAGCCUUCAGCCAAAAGUCAGUCCUCACCAUACAUCAGAGAAUUCACACUGGGGAGAAGCCUUACACGUGCAGUGACUGUGGGAAAAUGUUUGUUUGUGCAUCAGAUCUGACAAAGCAUUGUCGGUUUCACACAGGGGAGAAGCCUUACGAGUGCCCCGACUGUGGGAAGUCUUUUAGUAUUAAAUCUAACCUGCUUGCCCAUCAUCGAAUCCACACCAGUGAGGGACCUUACAAAUGCUUUGACUGUGGGGAAUCAUUCAGGAAAAUAUCCCAAUUGAAGGUACAUCAUCAAAUUCACACUGAUGGUAGAUCUUUUGUGUGUUCUGACUGUGGAAUGGCCUUUAGCCAAAAGUCAGUUCUCAUCACACAUCAGCGAAUUCACACUGGGGACAAAUGUUACCCAUGUGGUGACUGUGGAAAGCUGUUUCUUUAUGCUUCAGAUCUGAAGAAGCAUUGUCGCGUUCACACAGGGGAGAAGCCUUACAAAUGCCACGACUGUGGGAAAUCGUACAGUGUGAAAUCCCACCUCCAUGUGCAUCAUCGAAUUCACACUGGUGAGAGACCUUACAAAUGUGAUGACUGUGGAAAAUCCUUCAGAAGAAACUCUCACCUGCAAAUGCAUCAACAAACUCACACUGGUGAGAAGCCCUACAAGUGCUCUGACUGUGGGAAGUCAUUCCGGAGAGCAUCCCACCUGAAGGUGCAUCAUCGAAUUCACACUGGGGAGAAACCUUAUGUGUGUUCUGAGUGUGGGAAGGCCUUCAAUGACAGGUCAGUUCUCAGCACACAUCAGAGAAUUCAUACUGGAGAAAAGCCCUACAUAUGCAGCGACUGUGGGAAAGCCAUGUCUUCUAAAGCCAAUCUCAAAGAGCAUCAACGAAUUCACACAGGCGAGAAGCCAUAUGUGUGUGCUGAAUGUGGGCGGGCCUUCAGUGAUAAGUCUUCUUUCUAUAGACAUUGUAAAAUUCACAGUAAGGAUAGACCUUUUGUCCAUAACAAAGGUGAAAAGGGCUUCCUGCAGAAUUCACAAGUGGCCACCUAUGAGCAAACGCACAGUGUAGAGAAACUAUAGUGACAUUCUGUCUAUGGGAAAUCUGCCCUUGUUAUGUAUCAGCUAAAGGGGUAUCGUCAAGGUCAUACGUACUACCAUUACUGAAGCUGUGGGAUGCUGUUGGUGCACUGCCCACACUGCACUGGGAAGAGACAUUGUUUGUGUUGUGAUGCAGAGAGUCCUUCAAAAUCAUGUCGUUUCAUUGGACUCAAGUGCCCAUGCCAGACGGUCUUCCUCAAGACACCUGAUCACAUGAAAGAAUUUGUUGUAGAGUCAGUUCCUCAUCCAUAGCCCUCAUCAAAAUAUUCUUGGUGUUCAUGAAAAAAUAUUUUAUCACAGACCUAAGUAGGACUAGGAAGAUAUCACACUCAUUUGGUAAAUUCUUUGUCUUCUGGAUACCAGAGGCACACACAUACACACAUACAUGCCAUGGGUAUCUACACACAAUACAUACACAAACCUAACUAUACAAGCCAUAGAUCAUAGUUUAAAAAGAGUACAGCUAUGCAUUGCUUGUUUAAACAUAUAAUUAAUUAUAUGUGAGAGAAGUAUUAAUGAACUUGUAGGAAGAAGCACAAAUAUUUCCUUGCAUGAAGAAAUGCUGAUUAAUGAUUUGAGGUAAACCUUCCAUAGUUAAUUGUACAAAGUUUCUAGACUACAGGAAAGUUUGUUGGAAAUUA